AUGGGCGCCGCGCAGGCACCAUCCAUCGCCGACGACGCUCAUCUGCUGACGGCGGCCGAAGUAUUGGCAUCCAUCCGGGCCGGCGAGCUGACCGUCGAGCAGUAUGCGCAGGCGCUGCUGGAUCGUAUUGCCGAGCGUGACGCGCAGGUCCAGGCGUGGGCCUACAUCGACCACGGCCAUGUCCUCGAGCAGGCGCGGGCCCUAGAUGCCGUGCCCUUUGCGCAGCGCGGUCCGCUCCACGGCAUGCCCAUUGGUGUCAAGGAUGUCAUCUACACCAAAGACAUGCCCACGCAAUUCAACUCGGACGCCUACAAGGGCGAUUUUCCCAAGGUAGACGCCGCGCCCAUCAAGCUUCUCCGCGCGGCCGGCGCGCUGCUGCUCGGCAAGACGACAACGACCGAGUUCGCGGCGACGGGCGAGGGCCCGCCCACGCGCAACCCGCACGACCUGUCGCGGACGCCGGGGGGCUCCUCGUCCGGCUCCGGCGCGUCGGUCGGCGACUUCCAAGUGCCGGUGGCGCUGGGCACGCAGACGGGCGGCUCCGUGAUCCGGCCGGCGUGCUUCAACGGCGUGUACGGCUUCAAGCCGACGUGGGGCCGCAUCUCGCGCGAGGGACUCAAGUUCUUCUCCGUCACGUACGACACGCUCGGCUUCUUUGCGCGGGGCGUCGACGACCUCGUGCUGCUGGCCGACGCGUUUGGGCUGCACGCCGACGCCGCCGGACCGCCGCCGCCGCCGGAGUCGGUCGCGGGCCUGCGGCUGGCCCUGUUCCGGACCAUGAUGUGGCCGCACGCGGGCGCCGGCACGCGGGCGGCCAUGGACCGCGCGGCGGCGCUGCUCCGCGCGCGCGGCGCCGUGGUGCACGACGUCGAGCUGCCGGCCGAGUUUGACCGGCUGCCGGGGUGGUACGACGUGGUGCUGGCGCGCGAGGGCGGCGCGGCGUUCCUGCCCGAGUACCGCGCCAACCGCGGGCAGCUGGGCGCGCUGCUGGCCGGGUACGCCGAGACGGGCGGGGGCUACUCGGACCGGGCGUACCUGGAGGCGCUCGACGGCAUGGCGGCGCUGCGGCCGCGCAUGGACGCGCUGCUCGCCGGGUACGACGCCGUGCUGACGCCGAGCGCCCCCGACGAGGCGCCCGAGGGCGCCACCACCGGCAGCUACCUCUUCUGCAAGAUCUGGUCCGCGCUGCACGUGCCCGUCCUCAACAUGCCUGGCUUCCAGGGCGCACACGGCAUGCCCAUCGGCCUGUCGCUGCUGGCCCCGCGCUACAAGGACGCCCGGCUGCUGGCUGUCGCGGCGCCCGUUGGCGCCGUGUUCGAGGCUGAGGGCGGCUGGACCCGGCGCGUCCAUCACAAGCCGACGACGGGCGCAGCCAUAACGACGACAACGACGACGAUGACGAAGCAUUACGACGAACCGGUGACAAGGCACGAUAUAAACGGCGCCAGCCACAAUGGUAUGGAUGAAUAG